ACCCGUUCAUUCUUGCCACCUGGCUGGUUGACAUGGCACAACGGAUUCCCUCCUUUGUCCCACCGCCGGCUGCAGCACAGCCUCCUGUGCAGGUUGCUUGGGCACCCAGUCCUGGACUACCAAGCCCAGAGGUGAUCCAAAAGCAGAAGGAGGGCUACGUCAGGCUUCUGGACGAGCAAUUGAAGCAAGGGCAGAACACCCUGGAUCAGCAGCGGAAACAACAGUCUGAGUACUUGCAUACACAAGCACAGCAGCAGAAGCAGCAAGUCGAGAUGCAAAUCAAGCAGCAGGUGCAGCAACAGGAAAUGCAGUUGCUCCAGCAGUACAACCAGUCUUUGAUGCAGGUGCAGCAGGCCUCUGCUCAACAGAAAGCAGCACUUGAGUCUCAGGCCAUGCAGCUCGUGAUGGAGUAUCAGCAAAAGCGGUCCCAAGAAGAGAUGCUGGCAAAGCAACAGCAACUGCAGAGGGGCCACAUCGAGGGUCGCAUACAGUUGGUCUGCCAGGGCUCUGUCCCAGGCACAAAUGAAAUUUGCGGCAGAGAUGCAAAAGUUGCAGGUUACAGGUGGUCCACAAGGUGGAAGUCCAGUCUCGUAUGGAUCUGGUCAAAACUUCUAAUGCACUUGCAUUGUGCAACAACGUGCAGGUCCGUAUUGGUUCGGAUGAUGAACCGAGGCAGAUGAGUUUGAUAGUGUUUCACCUGGUAUGGAUUGGAAAACUCGGAUGUAUCAGAUAGAUGUCUCGCUCAUGCUCAAUCUGAGCAGAGGAGAAUGUACACUAGUCAGCCGAUGCCACUUGGCAUGUGCUGGUCUUAAUUGAUACUAAGAGGGAUGCCGAUUACUGUGAAUCGGUCAAGAACCCAAGAAGUUGCAUUUCCAAUUCGCAGAAGAAAUAGAGCCUCCCUCUCCAGAUCAUUUGCAAAAAAA